GUUGCUAUGACAGCGGUACACAAAGUCUGUCUCACAACUCUCUUUUCUCUUUUUUGUUUCUUUGCUUAGGAGCAGCGUUGUGUCACAGAAAACACGGAAGUAGUUGACAGAAUUAUACGCAAGAGACCGCAGAGGCCCCGGUUGCCAUGCCAACAGAACACAAGUCCUUCUAGAAUCUUCGAGAAUUAAGGGGUGAGCUGGUGUGGCUCUGGACAACAGAAAUAAAAAUGUCUUCGCCACAUCCCUCUGACGGAGCAGACAGGGCUUUGGUUUCAGAGGCUGAUGUUGCUGCUAAAUUACAAAAAGCAGAAAUGAGGAAGAGGGCACAGCAGAGCCCAUAUAAAGUGCCAAACAACAAGACGGUUUUUGCGCUGAGUUCAGAGGAAACGGCAAACCGUAGAGAGGAGAUGCGAAAAUUUCUGGCGCUGCCAAUUGAAGAAAAGGUAACCCACGCUGCGAGAGCCCUGGCCAAGCUGAAGAAUGAGCUGGUGGGAGAACUGGAGGAGGAGGAGGAGGAAAACGAGAAGAAGGAAAGUCUGAAGCAAAUCAGGAGCAAAGCAGCUUUCCCUAAACAAACCUCGAGCACACACGAGCUGAAAAUUACCACGGCGAAAGGAGAGAAACUCACAAAAGAAAGCAGACAUGAAUUACUCCUCAUGGAACGGCAACAAGCAGUCUUGGAGUUGUCUCUGAUGACUAAACGCUCUGAGAUCCUGAAGAUGGAGAAGGCCGUUGCAAAAGAGGAAAGGAAGCUGAAACAACUUGAGAAGCUCAUCGAAAGGGACAACCAAAAGUUUGAAGAGUUCCUCAGGGAGAAUGAGAGGAAGUCAGUGGAAGCCAGAGCUCUUUUUGAGCGGGAGGAAAAGUCCAAACAGGAGAAGAAUGCCGUGAUCAAGAAGCUGACCGCUGAAAUGAGGACCAUUCAAAGUGAACUUGAGACGUAUGAAGACGCUCUGACAGACUACCUGAAAUACAAGGACUUCCUGUUCAGGCUUUCUCCCGCAGAGUGGCAGGAUGAGCAGAAGAGCAAAGACUCAAAGACUAAAACGUCGUCCAAACAGAAUGAUGGACAGGAACCUACCGAGACGGGUUUGGAGAGGAAGCUUCCCCUUGUCAGAGCGACCAGAGAGAAAACGUGUUCACUGGUUUAUGACAGCUUAGAGGAUAAGCCAGAGCUUUACUUCACCGAUCCCCAACAGCUACUGGACCUGAUGUCGGAGCUGACGGAGCAGAACCUGUCCCUGAUUCAGAACUCUUCGAGGGCGGGGGAGGCGCUGGCGAAACUCCGGCAGACUGUGGACACAACCAGGAGGAAGAUUGAAAACGAGGAGGAGAAGAUAGCCCUGCAGAUUAAAGAGCUGAACCUGAAACUCGACAAAGAGAAGGCGAGAGGCGCGAAGCUGGAACAGAUGGUCCAGCUUCAUGUUUCACUGAGCUCACAGGACCAAGACAAAAUGUUGGACGCUCUCAAUAAAAAGGUGACAGAGGUUUACAGCGGCUGUGUGGAAAACAGGAUCACCGACCUCAGCACCUUGCAGAAGGUGGCAAAAAUCGAGAGUCGCGUCUUCUCGCUGCUGCAGAGCCUCGAAGGCAUGCCAGUAGAGAGACUGGCAGUGGUUAAGAAGGUCAAGGAGAGCGAGAAGAGGAGCAGGAUGCGUGAGGAAAAGCUGAUGGAGCAGAGAGAGAAACAAAAGGAACGGAUGAGGAGGUACCUGGAGAGAUCCUUGGCUGACUCCAAGAAAAUUAGUGGGAAGAAGCUCAUGCCUAGGUGCAUGCCUGCUGUGAAGAAAGUCGAGGUCGCCGAUGUGGACAACAAGCCCGCCGAGGACGACAUCAACGAUUACCUCUUUGGCUUGGAUGACACGGAGUGACAAAGGCAACAGGAAGUGAUGUGGAGGAAUUGUUUUUACAGUACCAGAGAAAUAAUGUCUUUUUUUUUUUUUUUUUUUGCCUCUGCCCCCUUCUAAGCACGAUCAGCUGAUUACCAGGUUCUCUGACCGGGCCCACCAGUGUGCCUAUCAGAUAACGGCUGCCACCAAUAAUGCUAUGCUAGAAACCAAAAGGUUUAGAAAUCAUGAAUAUCAUUAGCUCUGGGUGUUUAUUUGAUGCAACACCUCACUGUAAAUUUGUAAGAAAUGUUUCUUUUCAUUUGACCAAACAUAUUACUGUGCUAUCACACCCCGACAAGUCAAGAACAAUACACACCCACCAUCUGUCAUACAACCAAACCCACACAACUAUCCUAAUAAAACUUAUUACAUUAAACAAUG